GCACCUUAUGGUCCAGGUAAAGGGAAAGGCGAAGGCAAAAAAGUGAGCUAGACAAAAGGCAAAAUUUUUAAAAAAUUUUUCAAGUUCCCAAAAUUCAAGAAGAAUGCUAAAAAGCCACCUAAAAAGCACAAAAUAAAAGAUCCGACAGAAGGGCUUCCGAACAAAUAUAAGAAAAAGUUGCCGCCUGGGAAGGUGAAGAAAAUGAAGAAGGAAGAUAUUGAUGCUUUAAGGGUAAGCUGGAGAAAAGCUUAAAAAAUAAUAAAAAAUUAAAAUUUCAAAGAAAAAUUGCCCGGGAAAUAGUUGCAAAGAGGAUAAAGAUGAACAUAAAAAUAGCCGUGCAACCCUUGCCGAUUAUGACAUAUCACUGCUUAAACUAGCAUAGUUGCUUAAAAAUUUUUUAAGAUAGAAAAACGAAUUUAUAGCCCAGACAAAACUCUUGAAGAAAUUGAUGAAUAUGUGGAAACGAAAAUGCAGAGAACUUAUGAACUUAAAGAAAUUAUUUAUGAAAAAGUGGGGGUUGAUGAUUUUUCAAAACCGGCAGACAACGGCUUAUAUGGUCACAACCUCCUCACCUUAGAACAAGCCGAAGCCUAUAUUGCCCAACUUAAUUCAACUUUGGAAUAUUCUAUCGCUAUUCCCGACGAAAGUAAUGGACGAAGAAAACGAGCUGGCAAUCUAAUUUAUUUCAAAACUUCCCCAACAAGAAAGUGGCCAAUUGGAAAGCCUAUACCUUAUGGCUUUGAUAAAUCCUUAAAUACAAGACAAAGAGACGUUAUUAGAACCUGUAUUCAAGAGAUUACUUCGAAAACUUGUGUUACAUUUACGGAAACUAACCUUGAUGCAACUUCUGACAGACCUCCUAAUAUUUCCUCAAUAUAUUUUGUUAGGUAUCCAACAACCGCUUACUGUGGAUUAAGCUAUAUAGGUGUAUAUACACCAUCUAACCCAAUUUACCUAUCCUUUCUUUGCAAUGAUAUGGCUGGAGUAGCCUGUCAUGAAGUAAUGCAUGCACUUGGUGUUGAACACGAACAUAUUCGACCUGAUAGAGAUGAUAGUAUUACUGUUCUUUGGGAUAAUAUUGAUGCACAGUUUUUGGAUUAUUAUGUUCCAGCUGAUGGUUCAACUUACUCGAGUUAUGGCAUUCAAUAUAAAUGUGAUAGUAUAAUGCACUACUCGUAUAAAAUUGGUGCAAGGGAUUUCGGUUUACAUACAAUGACUUCAAAAGUAAAUCCGGACAUUAAUGAUGACUUAAUGGGCCAACGUAAAGGACUUACCCAAGCAGAUGUGGAUGCAAUUAAUAAACUUUAUUGCUAUCCUGAUGAAUGUACUGAUACUUCCAAUUUUUGUGGAGCUUGGGCUACGCAAGGUUUAUGCUAUUGUCGUACCAAUGGAAAACCUGAUUGUUAUAUGCUUCAAAAUUGUCCAAAUUCUUGCAAUUUUUGCAAGUACGUAGAUAUUUUUUUAAUUUUUAAAUAUCGAACUUAA